GGAAAGUUGCAGCUUUUUCCGCCUCCCGGGAGGGUAAGAAGGGCCAGCCGCCAGAGUGGGGUUGCAGUCUUCCCGGACUCGGAGACCCUCCCCUGAAUCCGGUACUGGGACGUCUCGCCUUCUCGCGGCACCUGUUGCAGGUGACAGGCAACUCUGGGGUAGCUCUCCUGGACUGGUAGCUUUGAAGAAAGAAGAGUAGAAGGAAAAACUAGAAUAAGUCAUGUCGGAGAUACUUGACCUCUCUUUUCUGUCUGAGGUGGAAAGGGAUUUGAUCCUCAGUGUUCUUCAACGAGAUGAGGAGCUCCGAAAAGCAGACGAGAAAAGGAUUAGGCGAUUGAAGAAUGAGUUACUGGAGAUAAAAAGGAAAGGGGCCAAAAGGGGCAGCCAACACUACAGUGAUCGGACCUGUGCCCGGUGCCAGGAGAGCUUGGGCCGUUUGACUCCCAAGACCAACACUUGUCGGGGUUGUAAUCACCUGGUGUGUCGGGACUGCCGUAUCCAGGAAAGCAGUGGUACUUGGAGAUGCAAGGUGUGCGCCAAGGAAAUAGAGCUGAAGAAGGCAACUGGAGACUGGUUUUAUGACCAGAAAGUGAAUCGCUUUGCUUACCGCACUGGCAGUGAGAUAAUCAGGAUGUCCCUGCGCCACAAACCUGCAGUGAAUAAAAGAGAGACAGUGGGACAGUCCCUCCUUCAUCAGUCACAGAUGGGCAAUAUCUGGCCAGGAAGAAAGAUAAUUCAGGAGCAACAGAAGGAACCCAGUGUGCCAUUUGAAGUCCCCAAGCUGAAAAGUGGAAAGAGUGCCCUGGAGACUGAGAGUGAGAGUCUGGAUAGCUACAUGGCUGACUCGGAUAGCACGUCCAGGAGAGACUCUCUGGAUAAAUCUGGCCUCUUUCCAGAAUGGAAGAAGAUGUCUGCCCCCAAAUCUCAAGUAGAAAAGGAAGCUCAGCCUGAGGGUCAAAAUGUGGUAUCUGUGGACGAGGGUGAAAUGAUAUUCAAGAAGAACACCAGAAAAAUCCUCAGGCCUUCAGAGUACACUAAAUCUGUGAUUGAUCUUCGCCCGGAAGAUGUGGGGCAUGAAAGUGGCUCCUUGGGAGACAGAAGCAAAUCUGUCCCAGGUCUCAGUGUGGAUAUGGAAGAGGAAGAGGAAGAAGAAGAAGACAUUGACCACCUGGUGAAGUUGCAUCGUCAGAAGCUAGCCAGAAGCAGCAUGCGAAGUGGCUCUUCCAUGAGUACGAUUGGCAGCAUGAUGAGCAUUUAUAGCGAAGCUGGUGAUUUCGGGAACAUCUUUGUGACUGGCAAGAUUUCCUUUUCCCUGAAGUAUGAGCAGCAAACACAGGCUCUGGUCAUUCAUGUGAAGGAGUGCCACCAUCUGGCCUAUGCUGACGAAGCCAAGAAGCGCUCGAACCCAUAUGUGAAGACUUAUCUUCUGCCUGACAAAUCCCGCCAAGGAAAAAGAAAAACCAGCAUCAAGCGGGACACCAUUAAUCCGCUAUAUGAUGAGAUCCUCAAAUAUGAGAUCCUAGAAUCUCUCCUGGCCCAGAGGACUUUGCAGUUCUCGGUUUGGCAUCAUGGUCGUUUUGGCAGAAACACUUUCCUUGGAGAGGCAGAGGUCCAGAUGGACUCCUGGAAGCUUGAUAAAAAACUGGAUCAUUGCCUCCCUUUACAUGGAAAGAUCAGUGCUGAGUCCUCGACUGGCUUGCCAUCACACAAAGGAGAGUUGGUGGUUUCAUUGAAAUACAUCCCAGCCUCCAAACUCCCUGCUGGAGGUGACCGGAAGAAGAGUACAGGUGGGGAAGGGGGAGAGCUCCAGGUGUGGAUCAAAGAAGCCAAGAAUCUGACAGCUGCCAAAUCAGGAGGGACUUCAGACAGCUUUGUGAAGGGAUACCUCCUUCCCAUGAGGAACAAGGCCAGUAAGCGUAAAACUCCUGUGAUGAAGAAGACCUUGAAUCCCCACUACAACUAUACAUUUGUCUACAAUGGUGUGAGGCUGGAAGAUCUCCAACACAUGUGCCUGGAACUGACUGUGUGGGACCGGGAGCCCCUGGCCAGCAAUGACUUCCUGGGUGGGGUCAGGCUGGGUGUUGGCACUGGGAUCAGUAAUGGGGAAGUGGUGGACUGGAUGGACUCGACUGGGGAAGAAGUAAGCCUAUGGCAGAAGAUGCGACAGUACCCAGGGUCUUGGGCAGAAGGGACUCUGCAUCUCCGUUCCUCGAUGGCCAAGCAGAAGCUGGGCUUGUGAGCCCCUAUCCUUCUCUUCAGGUCCAACCCUGUCUAGGGCAAGUCAGAGGAAGCGAAGAAACCAAGGGUGAAGAUUUAUAAUUUAGUGUGUGUGUAUGUGUGUGUGUGUGUGUAUGUGUGUGUGUGUGUGAGUGAUAUAUGUGUGUGUGUAAAUGUAUUUCUACAAAUCUCAUUAUGCUAGAGUGAUAUAGACUUCUAUCCCUUUUUAAAGCAGGCUCGAAAAUAAGCGUGUCUUCAAAAUGUUUUUAUUUGUGCAUAAACUGCUAUAUAUUUUCAGAGUCCAUGUUUCUUAUAUCUUUAUGAGAUUUAAUUAACUUAUCUUUUAAAACAAUUUUCUAUCACCUGUCUUGCUAUCCUGGUCCCUCCUUCCCCAGGAAGCCCCGGCUGCCUUUGGCACUCAUACUGGUCUGUGUUUCAAGGUGUGCCUGGUCUGAGGCCAAGGCUCCGGGAAGCAGGGGUGGGUUACAGAAGAUGGGGUGGAAGACAGAAAAUGGGAGAGAGGUGAGUAGGUCCAUCCUUUCUUCUCCAAUUUAUGCUUUUAACUCCAUUUCUACCUUGACACAUUUCUGGAACUUGGCUUUUAACUCUUCUUGUUUGUAGCAGUUUCCACCUUGCUUGGGUCGAGUGGUUUUCUUGGAAAUGCUAAGAAAAUGUCUAAGUUGCUUCCAGUUCUGAACACCUUCCCUAGACCUUUGGGGAGCCCUUAUAACAGAGCUGCUUUAGAAGAGCACUUUAAUUAGAUAAUGGCCUUUGGACUGGGUCAUGGGCAUGCCCAGUAAGGGCUUCUCAGUGGUUCCUGAGGACCAGUGACUGAGUGUCUCCCAGCCCAUGCUGAAUUCUUUGCAUUUUAAACUGAUACAGCGGUUCUUAAAGAGCUCCUAAUUUCUCUAAUGAAAGACAAGACAUCUUCACUCUCAAGUACCACACUUUUCUUAGCAUUUGUGUUCACCAUAUGUUACCACCCAGAAUAGUUUCUACUUACUGUUAAGUCAGCCAGAAUGGCGACGUAUGGUCUAAACCAGUCCAGUGUUUCUCCAGGCUGGGCACUGUUAGUGUCCAAGAGAGUGUGUUCAGAGAAUCUCCUUUUCUGACUUCCUUCUUGAAGUGGUUUCAGUUCCUAUUUUUUCUCUUGUUUCCUAAAGUUGACCUAGAUGUAACCUGGGUAUGGUGGGUUGAGACCUUUCUAAGAAGGGUCUAGUGAUCUAAGGUUCAUUUUCUGAAACUCACUCUCCCAAACUGACCUUCUUAUUCUCACAGUUUUAUCUUCACAAAGUCAUUUGUAAAAGGAGUCUGUACCGGAGAAGAAAUCCCUUUCAGUAGAGUUGGCUGCUAGCAGACUGUCCUAUAAGGCUACUGGAUUGAAGGUGGCCACUGCAGUUUCUGUUGUAUGUGUGAAGUGAACGGAAGAGUGUUUUAAAAAGGUUUAUUCGGGGGCCUCCCUGGUGGCGCAAGUGGUUGAGAGUCCGCCUGCCGAUGCAGGGGAUGCGGGUUCGUGCCCCGGUCUGGGAGGAUCCCAUAUGCCGCGGAGCGGCUGGGCCCGUGAGCCAUGGCCGCUGAGCCUGCGCGUCCGGAGCCUGCGCGUCCGGAGCCUGCGCGUCCGGAGCCUGCGCGUCCGGAGCCUGCGCGUCCGGAGCCUGUGCUCCGCAACGGGGGAGGCCACAACAGUGAGAGGCCCGCAUACCGCAAAAAAAAAAAAAAAAAGGUUUAUUCGGUGUGGAUUGAUAUUUUAAUGGAAGGCAUAACUUGGGAUCCUGGACUGUCACUUGCUCCUUUGUUCUCCACCCCCUGAAAUGUGUGUGUGCUUCAAUAAAGCUUUCUUCCUUGUCAAGCGUUUGCAUUUGUUAGUCUUAUAGAUGCUUUCGUCUCUGAUGUCCUGACUUACUGUUGUUGCUUU